CAUGGUUUGUCUACAAUGCACGGCCACCGGAACAAGGGUGUGCCUUGCCGCAGAAGGGUUCGGAAAUCGACACUGCUACCUCGAAAACAUCGCCGACAAGAACUUUCCUCCGGAGAUGCUGUCAUGCGUGCUGGUGCUGGAACAAGCCCUGUCGGUGCGGGCCCUCCAGGAGAUGGUCACGGCUGCUAACUCGGACACGGGCAAAGGAACGCAGUCGGGCCACAGAACUCUGCUGUACGGCCACGCUGUGCUCUUGAGGCACCAGAAUAGCAACAUGUACCUGGCUUGCCUUUCGAGCAGCUCCUACAACGACAAACUUGCCUUCGAUGUCGGCUUACAAGAUCACUGUCAAGGCGAGGCGUGCUGGUGGACUAUUCACCCGGCCUCCAAGCAGAGGUCCGAAGGAGAGAAGGUCCGCGUAGGGGACGACCUCAUCCUCGUCAGCGUCGCCACCGAACGAUACUUGCACACGGCAAAAGAAGGCGAGGACACGAUCGUGAACGCCAGCUUUCAUCUCACCCAUUGGUCAGUGGCGCCAUUUGGAACGGGCACCAGUAGGACAAAGAACGUUGGUUAUGUGUUCGGCGGUGAAGUGCUAAGGUUUUUCCACGGGGGAGACGAGUGCCUUACAAUCCCGCCAAACUGGAGUGAGGAGGCCGGUCAGAACAUUAUUGUCUACGAAGGCGGUGCUGUCCUGAAUCAAGCUCGCUCCCUGUGGAGGCUGGAGUUAGUGCGCACAAAGUGGGCGGGUGGCUUCGUGAACUGGGGAUAUCCGCUCCGCAUCCACCACAUAACGACGGGCCAGUACCUGGCCUUCGGCGAAAACCGAGAGGUCUGCCUCGUGCCUCGAGAGCGUGCCACUGUCGCGGCUACAGCGUUCUGCUUGAGGCAAACAAAGGACGAUAAAAAGAUCGUUCUGGAUGAAAAAGAAGAAGAGGUUCUUGGAUCACCCCUGAUCAAAUACGGCGACACUACGGUGUUCCUUCAGCAUCUAGAAACGGGACUGUGGCUAUCGUACAAGACGUACGAGACUAAAAAACGCGGAGUUGGCAAAGUAGAGGAGAAACAGGCAAUCAUGUCUGAAGAAGGAAAGAUGGACGACGGCCUCGAAUUCAGUCGUGCCCAAGUUGAAGAAUCUCGAACUGCGCGCGUCAUCCGAAAAUGUGGAUCACUCUUCAACAAGUUCAUCGUAAACCUGGAUGCGAUGCAAAGCGGCGCAGGCAGGCAGGAUUCCGCGAUGAGCACCAUCGACCAAGACGAGAUGAUAAUGUGCUUCGAGGAUCUCAUUAACUACUUCGUCCAACCGGAAGAUGACAUUGAGCACGAAGAGAAGCAGAAUAAGCUGAAGGCCCUGAGAAACAGGCAAGACUUGUUUCAAGAAGAGGGCAUCUUGAACCUCAUCCUGGAAACUAUAGAUAAGAUCAACGCAAUAACAACUUCCGGUUAUCUGGUGUCAAUGGGUGGCGACGAUGCCGGGCAGAGCUGGGAAACGAUAUCGGGCUUUUUAUACCAACUGCUAGCUGCUAUCAUCAAAGGAAACCACACUAACUGCGCUCAGUUCGCUCAGCCACACAGGCUAGACUGGUUGUUUAGUCGACUGAGCAGCCAACAAGCCUCCGAAGGAACAGGCAUGCUGGAUGUACUGCAUUGUGUGCUGAUUGACAGUCCUGAAGCUCUGAAUAUCCUCAAAGAAGACCACAUCAAAGUUAUCAUCUCUCUCCUUGAAAAGCAUGGACGUGAUCCGAAGGUGUUGGACGUCCUCUGCUCCCUCUGCGUGACGGGCAAAGGUGUGGCCGUGCGCAGCAGUCAAAACAACAUCUGCGACAACCUGCUGCCCGGAAAAAAUCUGCUGCUGCAGACCCGUCUCGUCGAUCACGUGGCCAGCAUGCAGCCCAAUAUCUUCGUUGGCAAGGUCGAGGGCGCGGCGUUGUUCAGGCGCUGGUACUACGAGGCCAUGGUGGACCACUGCGAGCAAGUAAGCCACCUGGCUCCCCACUUGCGCAUCGGCUGGGCCAACACGGCUGGAUACGUGCCUUACCCAGGCGGAGGGUCCAAGUGGGGCGGAAACGGACUUGGAGAUGAUCUUUACUCGUUCGGCUUCGACGGGGCCUGCCUAUGGACCGGGGGUCGCUGCAACGUAGUAAGGUCGUCUUCACCGCCCUACAUUCGCAAGGGUGACGUCAUCGGAUGCAUCAUCGAUCUGAACGUGCCUGUGAUAAGUUUCACGGUGAACGGAAUCAAAGUGAAGGGCUGCUUCCGAAGCUUCAACACCGAUGGCAUGUUCUACCCGGCGAUCAGCUUCUCGGCGAAAGUGAGUUGUCGUUUCCUGCUAGGCGGAGACCAGGGAAAACUACGGUACGGCCCUCCUGAUGGCCACUCGGCCCUGGUAGAGGCUUUGCUGCCGCAGCAGGUGCUCACCGUCGAGCCGUGCUUCCAGUUCGGUGACGUGCCAAAAGGAGUCCUCUUUGGCCCUGCGCCUAUCGCCGAUGACGCCGUUUUCGUGCCGUCACCCGUAGACACGUCCAACAUUACCCUUCCUAACUACAUCGAAUCCGUCCGAGACAAACUCGCCGAAAAUGUCCACGAAGUGUGGUCGAUGAACAAGAUUGACAGCGGGUGGAGAUAUGGAGACGUGAGAGACGAUGCCAGGAGGCUUCACCCAUGCCUGACAUCCUUCGAGCACCUGCCAAUGGCCGAAAAGAAGUACGACACGACGUUAGCGCUUCAAACCCUCAAGACGAUUCUUGCCUUGGGAUACCACAUCACGGUGGACAAGCCGCCUGCACGCAUCAAGACUGUCAAACUUCCCAAUGACCCCUACCUCCAGUCGAACGGCUACAAACCGGCUCCGUUGGACCUGGGCGCGAUCACGCUGACGGCCAAAAUGGAAGAGCUGGUGGACCUGUUAUCUGAAAACACGCACAAUGUCUGGGCUCAGGAGCGCAUCCAGCAGGGCUGGACAUAUGGCCUCGUUGAGAACCAGCCAACCAGAAGAAGUCCACAUUUAGUGCCUUACAAGAGUGUCGAUGACGUCAUCAAGAAAGCGAACAGGGAUACAGCUGGAGAACUGGUUCGGACUCUUCUAGCAUACGGCUAUGUUCUUGAGCCUCCCACCGCCGAAAGCCUCGAAGGUGUGCAAAGUAAAGUAGCAUCGGUGAAAUACGACCAACGAACCUACCGUGCUGAAGUAACGUACUCCGUGUCUGAAGGAAAAUGGUACUUCGAGUUCGAAGUGAUGACACUGGGUCCCAUGAAGGUUGGAUGGGCAAACGCCAGCAGCUUUCUGCCAUCAUGCGAGCUUGGCGGUGACCACAACUCCUGGGCUUACGAUGGCUUCCUGGCCGUGAAAUCUCAUGCCGGGGGCACGGAGUCCUAUGGAAAACAAUGGAUGAUUGGCGACGUCGUAGGGUGUAUGCUAGAUCUCCAUGACCGCACAAUUAGCUUCUCGUUGAAUGGAGAAUUAUUGCUCGACCAGCUAGGCGGGGAAGCUGCCUUCUCGGAAAUUCCUUGUGGAGAAGGAGCAUCCUACGUACCAGCGUGCACAUUUGGCAUAGGUCAGAAAGCAAAGCUGGUGUUCGGUCACGAUGUGAACCUCCUCCGGUUUUUCACCACUUGCGGCUUGCAGGAGGGUUACCAACCUUUCUGCGUCAACAUGAACCGGAACAUGACAUUCUGGUACAACAAGGACGAGCCAAUCUUUGUCAACGUGGACGAUGCUUUCUCGCCAAAUGUAGAAGUGAACAGGAUACCAGCCGGAGGAGAAUGCCCACCAGCUAUAAAGAUAACGCACAAGUUGUUCGAGUCCGUGGAGAAGGUGAACUACGAGUUCUUGAGGCUCAGUUUGCCGGUCUGUUGCAACGAACGCCUUAUAGAGGAUCUGGAGAAAGAGCACCGAUGGGAAGAAGUACGGCGCCGACAGCGGCGAGCGCUGGCCGAGAAGUCAAGCGUACGGCAUCCAGCGAACCUGGAGCACCACAUGCUUCGCAGCGGCUUCAGCAUGUCCGACGUCAAGGACCUACAGCGCGGCUACUCGGACGAAGGCGGUGACACCGAGGAACCGAUGCACGUGGAACACAGGCCCCCGACACCUCAGCAACGGCGCCGCUCCAUGCUCAGCCCCCGCGGUACCACCGGCACCUUAACGAAGACGCAGUCGUUCGAUGCUGCCGCCACCUUGCAGGUUCCUGACGGCACCCGUCCGGACCCAAAGCGGCUGCGGGCAGCUUCGAGCGAGGAGGCGCUUAACCGGCUCGGCCAGAAGUCGAAGGCCGGUCAGCGAACCAAAGCGGUCACACCCGAACCCGAGAGCAAAUCCAAGCGUCGUGGCAAGUCUCCCUUCCGCUUCUUCCGGAAGAAGGAGGAGAAGGAGGACGCCACCGCGGCCAAAACCGCGGAAACCAUUCAAGUGCCCCCUUCGACAAAAUCGGGUCAGCAGCAGACCAUGUCACCGCCCUUGCUCACGGUGCGGCCCCCGUCCGUCCACAGACUUUCACCAGGUGACAACCAACUCCUGUGCCCACCUGUGCCUGAGCGACCCAGCACGCUAUCUUCACCGACGAGUCCCGGCAGUGGAAGCGGAACCGGAACCCUGCCCCGCAGCGGAAGUUUCCGCCGGCCCUCCCUCACUCCUGGCCCGCCACCAAUGGCCACCGACGAGAGCGGUGACCACCUGGACCCCUCUGUGCUGGACCUGGUAGACGAAUACUUCUUCGGCCUCAGAGUGUUCCCCGGACAGGACCCGAACCACGUGUAUGUCGGCUGGGUCACCACGUCGUACAAGUUCUACGACCGCACCUUCGGCAACUCUAAGGUGCGCAAGGUUGCCUUCCAUGGGCUCAGCGAAGAUGGUCUCGUCCACCAAGUCCUGGAACGCCAGAACUGUUACAUGGUGUGUGCGGGACAGUUGGCCGCUGAAGUCAGCCAGGGUGACACGGCAGGCCGCUCGGCCAAUCAGGGGAUGUACGUGGGGUGUCACAUCGAUGUCGCAACCGGCAUGAUUACAUUCAGCGCUGACGGCCACAUGACGAGGCAGCGCUUCAAAAUGGAGCCCGGUACAAAGCUGUUCCCGGCAGUGUUCUUCGAGGCGACCAGCAAGGAAGUGAUACAGUUCGAGCUGGGACGCACGCCCACUACGUUGCCGCUGUCGGCGGCCCUGCUGCACACGACUAGCAAGCAUCUGACGCCGCAACUGCCACCAAGGCUAAAAGUACAGUGUCUGCAGCCGUACAUGUGGGCUCGCGUGCCCAACGUAAACCUUCGACCACACGCACUGCGUUUGUCCGAGGUCCGCGGAUGGAGUAUGCUGUGCGAGGACCCGCUCUCCAUGCUGGCCCUUCACAUACCCGAAGAAGACCGAUGCAUCGACGUGCUCGAGCUCAUUGAGAACGAACGCCUGCUCAAUUUCCACGCGCACACUCUGUCUUUGUACGGGGCGCUGUGCUUCCAGGGCAACCAUCGGGCAGCGCAUAUGAUUUGCUCGCACGUUGAUGAGAAGCAGCUCAUGUACGCCAUACAGAGCGAGUACCUCUCGGGACCGCUGCGAACGGGUUUCACCGACCUGCUCAUCUCUCUUCACUUGGAGUUCCAUGCGUACGCGAGGAGCUUGACCCAGAACGAGUUCAUCGUGCCUCUCGGUCCCGACAUCCGUGCGCUCUACGAAGAGCCGUUGAGGGCUCAUUCCUUCUGCACCUUGGAGUGUGUCUCCAUACGACCUGAUAUGGCCUUUUCCGAAACAAGGGAGACAGUGGAGUCAAUCGCCGACCUUAGCACUCCCUACUUCCCAGUGGACACCCUCAAGCAGUUCGUCAUUGAAGCCCUUGCUGACGCCGUCAAGAAGGACAGCCGCCCUAACCGUGACCCAAUUGGUGGCAGCAACGAAAACCUGUUUGUGCCCCUUUUGAAGCUGGCGGACAAGCUUCUGCUUGUUGGACUGAUGAAUGACGAUGACUUGCAGUGGCUCCUCUACCUUCUGGACCCUAGCACGUUUCUUCCUGGUAAAGGUGUUGAUGGCCGUGGUGGGGGCAAUGGAGGCGUCCCGCUGGGCCUCAUCGAUAUGCAGAUCGCCGAGGGAGUCAAGCUUCAAGUGUGCUACAUACUGCACCACCUUUGUGACCUGCAGCUCAGGCACCGGGUCGAAGCCAUCGUUUGCUUCUCUGACGACUACGUCGCAAACUUGCAGUCGGACCAAUUGAGACGGUACAUUGAGAUCAAGCAAUCGGACCUACCUUCCUCGGUGGCUGCAAAGAAGACCCGCGAAUUUCGAUGCACGCCCAAGGAACAGAUGCGCGCCAUCCUCGGAUUCAAGAACCUGGACGAGGAGAACAGUGACCAGUGCCCUUGUGGGGAAGGUCUCCGGGAGGCCCUGAGUUCGAUGCACGAAGAUCUGGUACAACGUCUCAAGGUGGCCUGCGCGGGCGAGGAGGAGGCGACCGACGCCGAGGCGGAGAGCACGAGUACAUUGCGACAAAAGUUCAUGUCGCUAGUGAACUUGGUGAAGUCAUCGGAAGAGCCCACUGGAGAACAGGAAGAACACAUUACUCUUCCUGAAGAGAUUUUCACACGCAAGGUAGUUCAGGUGGUGGUCAAAUGGGCCAAACAGUCGGAAAUCGAGGACCGUGAAGUGGUGCGCCAGAUGUUCGGCCUGCUGCUGCGCAUUUACAACUCAGUCGGGGAGUUGAUGAACGCCCUUAAUAACACGUACGUCAUCAGCCACCGCAGUCAGUCUGACAUCAUCAGCGUGCUCAGUCAUCUGGGGAAAGUGCGUGCCUUACUGCCCGUCCAGAUGUCACCCCUCGAGGAGGAAAUCAUGCGGAAAAGCCUCUGGGCUCUGGUGAACAACCGGAUUUUCUUCCAACAUCCCGACCUCAUCCGUGUGUUGCGUGUGAACGAAAACGUCAUGGACGUCAUGAUCAACACCCUCGGAAAGCGGGCACAAACCCAGUCUUCGGGACAGGCUCCCGCGGCAGCGUCUUCGCCUGCCUCGCCGUCUGCUCCCGAAGCUGCAGCGGCUGACAAGGACACAUCUCACGAGAUGGUGGUGUCCUGCUGUCGCUUCUUGUGCUACUUCUGCCGCACAAGUCGCCAGAACCAGAAGGCCAUGUUCGACCAUCUCGACUUCCUGCUCGAGAACAGCAACAUCCUGCUGUCACGACCAUCGCUUCGUGGAUCAACACCACUGGACGUGGCGUACAGUUCCCUGAUGGAAAACUCGGAGUUGGCGCUGGCUCUGAGGGAACACAACUUGGAGAAGAUAGCUGCCUACAUGUCUCGGUGUGGCCUCCAGUCUAACUUGGAGCUUGUGGAUCGCGGAUACCCAGACGUCGGAUGGGACCCGGUGGAAGGAGAGAGAUACCUGGACUUCCUGCGCUUUUGUGUAUGGGUCAACGGUGAGACUGUAGAAGAGAACGCAAACCUUGUGAUUCGUCUUCUGAUUCGACGGCCAGAAUGCCUCGGUCCUGCCCUUCGCGGCGAAGGUCCAGGGCUGUUAGACGCCAUUCGCGAGGCUGUGCGCAUGUCGGAGCGUAUUGCUGCCGAACGCCUGCAGCAACAACAACAGGUUAGCGGUGUGCAGCUAGAAGAACCUGGCGAGGAUGACAUCGACAUGGGUGCGGCCAUCCUCAACUUCUACUGCACCCUGGUCGACCUACUCGGUCGAUGUGCACCGGAGGCGGCGACUAUCGCCCAGGGCAAGAACGAGAGCAUCCGGGCACGUGCCAUCCUUCGCUCACUCGUGCCCCUCGAUGAUCUACUUGGGGCGCUCAGCCUGCGCUUCACGCUUCAGAUACCGCGAAAGGGGGACACCACCCCAAAGAGUGAUCUCCCGCCUGGCCUACAGCCUAACCACAAGCAGUCCAUUGUUAUGUUCCUGGAGCGCGUCUACGGUUUGGAGACGCAAGAGACAUUCUUCCGUCUUCUUGAGGAUGGCUUUUUGCCUGACCUCAGAGCAGCCACCAUGCUUGACCGGACGGACAGCACGGAGAGUGACAUGGCGCUGGCCCUCAACCGCUACAUCGGCAACUCGGUGCUGCCCAUGCUGAUCCAGUACCACCACUACUUCACCGAUGCCGAGAACUAUGCCAGCUUGCUGGAUGCAACAUUGCACACUGUCUACCGACUUUCGAAGGUGAAGAUUCUCACUAAGGGACAGCGUGAGAAGGUGUCAGACUUCCUUGUGGCACUCACCAGAGAGAUGCAACCGAGCAUGCUCCUGAGGCUGCUGCGUAAACUCACGGUGGAUGUCUCUGUGAUCACGGAGUACACUGCGGUUGCCCUGAGGCUGCUGACUCUGCACUACGAACGGUGCAAGAGCUACUACAGCGCCAGCGGUGGUCAGGGUGCUUAUGGAACGGCGUCGGAGGAAGAGCGGCGGCUCACCAUGCUUCUCUUCACCAACAUUUUCGACUCACUGUCCAAAAUGGAGUACGACCCAGAACUGUUCAGCAAAGCACUGCCGUGUCUGACAGCCAUAGCCUGUGCCCUGCCACCGGAUUAUUCCCUGAGCGAGGGACACGAGGAGGACUGGUCCAAGCAGAACACAACAUCGGGACCCUAUGUUCCCGAACCAGUGAACACUUCAGGAAUUCAGCUGAGUCAGGACUUGAACAACAUUGUGCAACGAUUCUCGGAGCACUUUCACGAUGCCUGGGCGAUGCGAAAGCUGGAGCGAGGUUGGCAGUAUGGAGAACGCUGGAAUGACGAAGCCAAAACGCACCCGAGGCUGAAGCCAUACAAUUUGCUCACUGACUACGAAAAGGAACGCUACCGUGACCCUAUCCGGGAGCUGCUGAAGGCUCUCUUGGCCUUCGGUUGGAAACUAGAGCUGAGUGAUUCAUCACAGCGCUCAAGUGCUCCCAUUGCGGCUCAAGCCCAGUCACCAAUGGCCUACAUGCCUACACCCGUGGACAUGUCGACGCUGACUCUCAACAAAGAUAUGAUGACAAUGUCGGAGCGCCUGGCUGAGAACACACAUGACAUCUGGGCCAAGAAAAUGAAAGAAGAGCUGGACGCUGUGGGGGGCGGCAUACACGCGCAGCUGGUGCCGUACGACCUGCUCACCGAUCGCGAGAAGCACAAGAACAGAGACCGGGCGCAGGAGUUCCUCAAGUUUCUUCAGUACGAGGGCUACCGUGUUUCGAGCAAGGCCACACGUCGCCGCGAACGGGGAGGUGCCCCGAGCGAGGAACCUCAAGCCCCGGGCCAGGGCCAGGCUGCAGCGCCGGAGCGUCGCUUUGCGAGCUCUCUGUUGGAGAAGCUACUGCAGUACAUGGACAUGGCUGCGAUAAACCUCAAGGUUCUCAGACCCAGCGUACCGUUCAGCCGCCGGACAAGCUUCAAGACUUCCAGUCGGGACGUCAAGUUCUUCAGCAAGGUGGUGUUGCCGCUGAUGGAGAAGGUAUUUGUGGCGCACCGCGCAUUUUUCUUGAUGUCGCCCACUGCCACUUCCACGGUAGGCACGGCCACCAUACGCGAGAAGGAGAUGGUCGCAAGCCUGUUCUGCAAGCUGGGCGGUCUGCUGAGAGCCAAGUUCAGCGUCUUUGGUAAUGAAUGCAAGUUGGCUGUCUCGUGUCUUCAAGUGCUCAUUCGGGCAACGGAUGCAAAGGCAAUAGUGAAGAAUUGUCCGGAUUUUGUGAAGACUUCGAUGCUCACGUACUUCAACAACGCGGCUGAUGACUUGGCCCAGACGCUAAUAAACCUCGAGCAAGGACGCUACAGUCACCUUCGCGGCACGACGAUGAAGACGUCAUCGUCGCUCAACUACGUACAACUUGUUCUCCUGCCUGUGCUCACAGCGCUGUUUGACCACCUAGCUGCCAACGAGUUCGGCAGUGACUUGUUGCUGAGUGACAUCCAGGUGGCCUGCUACAAGAUCCUGAAUAGCCUGUAUACAUUGGGAACCAACCUGGAACUUCACGGUGGCAGGUCUUUUAUCAAAGCGGAGUUGGAACGGCAUCGACCUGCGUAUGGUAACUGCUUGGGUGCAUUCGCAGCCACCUUUCCCGUGGCGUUUUUGGAGCCUUCGCACAACAAGCACAAUCCCUACUGCAUUCAUGGCAAAGCUCAAGAACAUUCUUUGGAAGCGCAAGCUGUAAUGGCAACACUGGAGUCGAGCAUGCCAACCUUAGAAGACCUCGUGGGUCAAGUUGAGAAGUUUGUAACGGGAAAUGGGAAGUACGCGGAGCAGCCCUUCAUCAUCGAUGUGAUGAUACCGAUGUUGUGCAGCUACCUUCCUUUCUGGUGGAGUCAAGGUCCUGACAAUGUUAACCCCACAUCAGGAAACCAUGUGACCAUGGUUACCAGUGAUCAUUUGACUAGCCUUCUGAAGAACAUCCUAAAUCUCCUGCGUAAAACUGUCAACACUGAGGGCUCUCCUUGGAUGAUAACCAUCGCAGGACACGCUGGUCAGAUAGUGAUCAACUCAUCCGAAGAACUGCUGCGCGACCCUAUUCUGCCGCUGAUGGAGAAAGUCCGGCAGUGUGCAGACUCGGUGUUUCACAAGGAAGAGUGCAUGCGCAGCUACCUCAAGUCCACCACGGAUGACACCUCCCAGGCUGAGGGCCAGCUGCAAGAGGAGUUCUCACUUCUUGUCCGAGACAUAUAUGCAUUCUUCCCUCUACUCAUCAAGUACGUAGAUCUUCAGAGAAACCACUGGCUGAAGAAUAAUGUCAAAGAAGCGGAACAAGUCUACACCUGUGUUGCCCAUGUGUUCAACACUUGGAACAAGUCUCAGUACUUCCGCCGAGAGGAGGCCAACUUUAUCUCUCAGCACGAGAUCGACAACAUGGCGCUUAUCAUGCCAUCCUCAGGACGUGGAAGAGCGAGCGUGCAGACCGUGGAUGCUGGUCAGAGUCAGAAAAAAGAGAAGAAAAAGAAGCGUGACGGCAAGCGUGACAAGGACAAAGAGCUUGCGGCCAGUCUAGUGGUGGCCUGCCUGAAGCGCCUGCUGCCAGUCGGCCUCAACCUAUUCGCCGGACGCGAGCAGGAGCUUGUCCAGCAUGCCAAGGAGAAGUUCCUCAACAAAUGCCAAGACUCUGACAUCUUCGAUUAUGUCAAGCUGCAACUCACUCUUCCUGACAAGAUCGACCCGACUGAUGCAAUGAGCUGGCAGCACUACCUGUACAGCAAGCUGGGCAGUCAGCGGUCCACACCCGUAGAGCCGAAUGCGGUGGUUCCGGUUGUCUCACAGGACCGGCUAGUAGAACGCAUCAUUGAUAUGGCCAAGGUGCUUUAUGGACUACAUGUGAUCGACCACGCUCAGGGUUCGCAGAAGGGUGCCUAUCGCAGUGUAGUCUCCACACAGCGCAAGCGGGCCGUCAUUGCCUGCUUCCGAAUGAUCUCGCUGCACAGUCUUCCCAGGCAUCGGGCAAUAAACAUAUUCUUAAGUGUGUACACCAACUUGUGGCUUGAAGAGGAAAAUGUUGGGCAAGAGAAGCUGAUUGAUGACCUCACGACAACAUUCGAGGAGUCUGAAAAAGAGCAAGCUGCUGAAGAGACGGAAGAGACACCUGAUCCAUUGGUGCAGCUAGUUGUGGCCUUUUCGAGAAGAGCCACAACUGAACACAGUGGUGUCAACCCUGAGGAUCCCUUGUACAUGCAGUAUGCCUACAUAUUUAGCCAGAGUUGUGGCGGCGCCGAAGAGGAAGAGGAGGAAGAAGAAGGCGAUGAGGAGUCAGGGCCUUCAAUUCAUGAACAAGAGUUGGAGAAACAGCGAUUGCUCUUUCAACAAGCACGUCUCGCCAGUCGAGGUGUCGCUGAAAUGGCACUUCUAUAUAUUUCAGCAAGCAAAGGUUCCCAUGGCCCGAUGGUGAUAGAAACACUCAAGCUUGGCAUUUCCCUUUUGAAAGGAGGCAACCAGGAAGUUCAAAUGCGCAUGCUGAAACACCUGAAGGAGAAGAAGGACGUAGGGUUCUUCACUUCCAUUGCUGGGCUUAUGAACCUGUGCAGCGUGCUGGACCUGGACGCCUUCGAACGCACGCAGAAGGCGGAGGGCUUGGGUGUUGGUGCAGAGGGUACAGCAGGCGAGAAGAACAUGCACGAUGCGGAUUUCACUUGUGCCCUGUUCCGCUUCCUGCAACUUCUCUGUGAAGGCCACAACUUGGAAUUUCAGAACUACUUAAGGACUCAAGCUGGAAACACGACAACUGUUAACGUCGUUAUCAGCACGGUGGAUUACUUGCUCCGGCUGCAGGAAUCAAUCAUGGAUUUCUAUUGGCAUUAUUCAAGCAAAGAAAUUAUUGAUCAACCGGGCAAGGACAACUUCUGUCGUGCCAUCACGGUUGCCAAACAAGUUUUCAACACUCUUACUGAGUUUAUCCAGGGUCCAUGUUCGUUGAACCAGCAGGCGCUAGCUCACAGUCGUCUCUGGGAUGCCGUGGGCGGCUUCCUUUUCCUCUUCGCUCACAUGCAAGACAAGUUGUCCAAGAACUCAAGUCAAUUGGACCUCCUCAAUGAGCUGCUGCAGCUGCAACAGGAGAUGGUUAUAAUGAUGCUCAGUAUGCUUGAAGGCAACGUUAUGAAUGGUACAAUUGGAAAACAAAUGGUGGACACACUGGUCGAAUCAGCCUCAAAUGUAGAGCUAAUAUUGAGGUUCUUCGACAUGUUCCUCAAGCUCAAGGAGCUCACGUCGUCAAGCUCAUUCCAGGAGAUUGACUCCAAGAAUACAGGCUGGAUCACACCGAAGGACUUCCGCAGAGCUAUGGAGCAACAGAAAAUUUACAACCCGGAUGAAAUUGCUUUCCUAAUGAGCUGCUGUGAACCCAACAUGGACGACCUGAUUGAUUACCGGGAAUUCACGGAAAGAUUUCAUAAUCCAGCCAAGGACAUCGGCUUCAACUUGGCUGUGCUGCUUACAAAUCUAUCGGAACACAUGCCGAAUGAUCCACGGUUACAACGUUUCCUCGAAACUGCUAGCAGUGUGCUCAACUACUUUGAACAGUUCCUCGGUCGCAUUGAAAUCAUGGGUGGCAGCAAGAGAAUUGAGAGGGUAUAUUUCGAAAUCAAGGAGUCAACAAUUGAUCAGUGGGAGAAACCUCAAAUUAAGGAGUCGAAGAGAGCCUUCUUCUAUAGCAUCGUAACCGAGGGUGGUGACAAAGAGAAAUUGGAGGCAUUCGUUAAUUUCUGCGAAGACGCCAUAUUUGAGAUGCAACAUGCGAGCAGUAUAUCAAAUGAAGACACCGAGGAGCCUCCAGCCAAAGCAGAGCCCUACACAUUCUUGGGAGCGGAAGAGGAGAGGCCACCGGGCCCCCUUGAGCCUCUGAAGCAGGGCCUGGGGCUUCUGCGAGACGGAAUCGGGGCAUUGUUGUCUGUUCUGCGGCCGUCAAAUCUGCGGCGUCAGUACCAGAAGCUGCGCUCCAUGACCAUCGGCGAGCUUUUGCUGGGGUCUUUCAAGAUGUCUUUCUUCGGGUUCUUCUACGUCAUCUGGCUCAUGUUCGCGUUUACAAGGAGUGUGGUACGCGUGACACUGCGACUGAUGGGUGGCCAGCCCCUGGUGGGCAGCGCGGUGCCCGAGGAAGACGCCAGGGGACUGAAGUAUGGCGGCGCCAUGGGGCCUCCGCUCGCGUUAGAGGCUGGGCCCGCGGCUGUGGCCAUGGCGGCUGGUAUGGCAGCUGGUGGGGGACUUCCGGCCGAAGCGGACAUGGCCCCGCACAUGCGCGCUUUUGGCCUGGAUAUCACGAAAACUGAGGAAGACGGCGAAGUAAAGUACCACGUGCAACCUCCGAAGUCAACGCUGAGCCCCCAGUCGAGCAUGGAUGACGCCGACCAAACCACCGACGAGGACGCCAGCAAGGGAUCGCCGCAUGAGAAGGGCUCGCCCGAUGGAGAGCUGCCGGAUGGGCUUUCGCCGGAUGCGCAGACAACUGUUUUGGAUGGAGAUGUGAAGACAAAGGAGGCCACACAGGCAACAAUAGAGGGGGACAUCAAACGCGUGAAAAUGCCGACACCGGAGAUGGCGGCCAUGAUGAUGGCACCCCAGAUGGCAGCGGCGGAACCACCCAAGCCAACCGAGGCGCCACCUGUCGCAGCCAUCGAUUUUAGCGAGUACGGACAGAAGAUUGUGAGCUUCCUGGCUAGAAACUUCUACAACAUGAAGUAUAUCGCACUUGUGCUGGCUUUCUUCAUCAACUGUAUUCUUCUCUUUUACAAGGUUUCAACCGGGGAGAGUGGUGGUGAUGACGAUGAUGUAGCGGGGGUGGUGGCGGCUGCCGCCGACGCGCUUAGCGACGUCGAAGGCGAUAGCGAUGCCGGCGGUGGUCUGGCUGAGAUGUUAGCGAACGCGACCGAAGCAUUGUCCGACUCGGAGGCAAGCGAAGAGGAGUUGGAGGAGUGGGUGAUCAUAGAAGAGAAGCUCUUUUAUCUGGAGCCAAUAAUCCGGUUCAUGGCCCUGUUUCACUCACUCGUCUCCUUCUGCAUGCUCAUCGCAUACUACCAUCUAAAGGUUCCAUUAGCCAUUUUCAAACGGGAGAAGGAAGUUGCCCGUGCCAUGGAGUUUGACGGUCUGUAUAUCACGGAAGAACCUGCGGAAGAUGAUGUACGCGCACGUUGGGACAAGCUUGUGAUAAGCACCAAAUCUUUUCCUGUGAACUACUGGGACAAGUUCGUCAAGAAAAGGGUGCGGCAGAAGUACUCCGAGACCUAUGACCCCGAAGCAUUGAGCAAUGUUCUUGGCAUGGACAAGAGCGGUUCCAUCUCUCAGGAACAGGAGGAAGCCAGUGGCCUGUUCCCCCUCAUUACGAACGUCGACUGGAAAUACCAAAUUUGGAAAUCUGGAGUCACAAUCACUGAUAAUUCGUUCCUGUACAACUUGUGGUACUUCACGUUCUCGGUGAUGGGAAACCUGAACUACUUCUUCUUUGCGGCCCAUCUACUGGAUGUUGCUGUCGGCUUCAAGACACUGCGUACCAUCUUACAGUCGGUUACACACAACGGCAAACAGUUGGUGCUGACAGUGAUGCUGCUGACCAUCAUAGUGUACAUCUACACGGUGAUAGCAUUUAGCUUUUUCCGCAAGUUCUACGUUCAAGAGGAGGACGACCAAGUUGACCAGAAAUGCCACAGUAUGCUUACGUGCUUUGUUUUCCACCUCUACAAAGGUGUGCGAGCUGGUGGCGGAAUCGGGGAUGAAAUCGAACCUCCGGACGGCGACGAAUACGAAGUGUACCGCAUAAUUUUUGACAUCACUUUCUUCUUCUUUGUCAUCGUCAUUCUGCUGGCCAUCAUUCAGGGUCUUAUUAUUGAUGCCUUUGGAGAACUGAGAGACCAGCUGCAGAGUGUGGUCGAUGAUAUGGAGUCCAACUGCUUCAUCUGUGGAAUCGGCAAGGACUAUUUUGAUCGGGUGCCUCACGGCUUUGACACACACGUUCAGAAAGAGCAUAACUUGGCCAAUUACAUGUUCUUCUUGAUGCAUCUCAUCAACAAACCAGACACAGAGUACACGGGCCAGGAAACGUUCGUGUGGGAGUUAUAUCAAAAACGCUGCUGGGACUUCUUCCCUGUCGGUGACUGCUUCAGGAAACAGUAUGAGGACGAACUGAUGGGCGCCGGAUAACAGGUGCUCUCUAUCAACUCGAGCAUUUGUCAUCAUUUAAUACAAUUUCCAGGAAAGGUUUGAAGUAUAUGCCUUAGAGCUUACUUCUUGAAUUCAUGAUCAUUAACGGGGAAAAUGGGCUUCUUCAAUGUUUACAGCCCUAUAAAUGGUGUCUUUGAUUAAUCUAGCGGUUUUAAUUUUAUUUUGAGAAGUCGAAUUUCACAGAUGUCGAAAAGUAAAUUGUUCGUCUCGUCAACAACACUGCGCAUAUCUCACAUUUCAAGAUUCUUUCCCAUGUAAAACUGCAACGAACUCUACUACUUUCUUGUAGUAAAUUAUCUGCGAAUAAAAUUUGUGGAGCAUGUUGAAAUUAGUAAUAUGUUAAAAAGUAUUUUUUUCCAUACUUCUGGAUAAAUAAAUGUCACCGAGACCUCUAAUAUUCGUGAAUUACGGACAAUAAACUUUUGCAUAAGCAUUAUAAGCGCAAAGCCUAUUCUACAAAAUCUGCUUUGAUCUUUAGUAAACUCGUAGCAGUACUUGAGUUUUGUAACAUAGGGGCUAGCCACACCUCAAUCGGGGAUUAAUGCCACGAUGCUUCACUUCGCAUGUGAAUCUGUUCACAUUGCACGUCUGAAUUGCUGAAGUUUUUAUAAACAAAACCAAUCGCACGUGUCGAAUGUGUAAAUGCUGGUAGCAUUUAAGCGCUGGUCUUGACAAGUGUAUUUACUUGAUUGUUAACACUUAGUAUGAAAUGCCAAUCAUUGUGCCGAUUUACUACAUCAAAAAUAAGGAUGUGUCUUCCAUGUGAUUCGGCAUCCGUGCGCUAGAAAGAUACGGCGUGUUUUUCUGCGGAGCGCUCCAUCAGCCGCAUAGUAGCAAUAACACAGCUAUAGGAUUGGCAUGUGGUCGGUGGUUCUAGAAGUGCCAUGUAUGCAAAAGGACCUUCGAGGUCAGCAUCUUUAGGUAUCCUUUUCUGCAUUUUAUUUUCUUUCUCAAAGUGCAAAUCAACGGCAUCUUCUCAGGAAGAAAUUCAAAGCGUUUUCUUUUUUCUGUUUCGUCCUAUGUUCUACAGUGCCUAGUUCAUCAAGUGCGUACUUAUGAGCUGCAGUGUUGGUUGUGUGUGUAGAAAUUGUGAUAUGAGCGCGUAUGUUUUCACUAUGCAUCCUGACUAUUCAUCAUUCUGAUGAUGUUUUGGUGUUGCCGACAUUUCUUUGUUGAUAUUGUUGGAAAAUUCUACUCUGACUGUGUCGACAAGAGGAAUUAAAGUGGUGGCGUCGAGUGUGUGCAGAUGUACUGACAGAUACGUUGCUCAUUAAAAUGAACUUUGUUUCACCUAUGGAAAGGCACUGUUUCAUGCCCUUAUGUGUGUUAAUAACUUGUUUCUCUUUCGCUAACUAGAGGAGAAUGUAGUAAGUAUGCGUAGGUGGUAGCAAGGAAAUAGUUGUAUACCGAUGCUGUCAAUCUUGAGCAGCUAUAAUGAUGUCUUGUUUGUAUUCUAUAUUCUAUGUAGUGGCCCAGAUUUAAUUAUAAUUCCACAGCAAUAGCUGCCGACAUUGUUCAUGUCCUUAGACUGUAAUUGAAUAUCGCGACAGCGAUACUUGCAUAGGGAGAGGGCAGUGUACAUACAGAGAUGGGCUUUCCCUUUGCUUUAUUUUUCUCUUUCACAAAGAGCUGCCAUGGUAUAUCUUGUAUGACGUGAGCAUGUGAAAGCUGGUUUAUUUGCUACGACUUGCAAUGAGAAAUAUGCUGUGCGACUGGCUUUAACUGCAACUCUGAUAGAUUGUUCGAGCUGCUUCCUAUAAAAGCCAUGUAAGAUUUUUUUUUAACGUCAACCUCCUUAGGCAUCAUGAAGUCAAGUUUACAUUUGCCUGUGAUUUUGCUUACAAUGUACGUUUAUUGAAAGUAGUCAUUGAAAAUAGGAAAAUUUUAUGUUAUGCGUGUACUUUAAAAAUAUUUUCCUGUGCUUGUUCUUUGCACAAGUUACCACUUUCAAUGAUGACUGGAGAUGAGUGACAGGCCUUUUCAAGUCGACUUGAACUAAUAAUGCCUCAUCAUUUUCUCUCUAAUGUUUCUGCAAAUGGCACCGUUAUCUGCUUGCGACACCUUGCAUCGAAGUAGGCUGGAGUUUUCAAUAAAGAGUAAAAUCAA